UCCGAAGCCGCUGGCGGGGCUGGCGGAAGUGACGUUUCAACCCGCGCCAGAAGUUAAGUCGGGUCGGGAAGGGUCGCGGAGUCGGGCGCCGGGCCCGUUGCACCUUGCCUCGGCCUUCGCCCGCUGGCGGGGUACGUCAGAGGCGCCAGCACCACUGUUUCUUGGUGAACGUGGAGAUAACCCAGAGAACUGAGGAAGUUGCUAAGAAGAUUGUGCUGGGAUGCUUUAGGAAGAGUGAAUACUGAGGUGAAUUCCAGAGGGUUUUGGUUUGCCAAGAAGAAAGUGAAUAUCAUGGAUCAGAACAACAGUCUACCACCUUAUGCUCAAGGCCUGUCUUCCCCUCAGGGUGCCAUGACUCCAGGACUCCCCAUCUUUAGUCCAAUGAUGCCAUAUGGCACGGGGCUGACCCCACAGCCUAUUCAGAGCACCAAUAGCCUUUCCUUGUUAGAGGAACAGCAACGGCAGCAGCAACAGCAGCAGCAGCAGCAGCAGCAGCAGGCUGCAGUGGCAGCGGCUCAGUCCACAUCCCAGCAGGCAGCACAGGGUCCAUCAGGCCAGACACCACAGCUCUUCCACUCACAGACUCUUACAACCGCCCCCUUACCGGGCACCACCCCUUUGUACCCGUCUCCCAUGACGCCCAUGACCCCCAUCACCCCUGCCACACCAGCUUCGGAGAGCUCUGGAAUCGUGCCACAGCUGCAAAAUAUUGUAUCCACAGUGAAUCUUGGUUGUAAGCUUGACUUAAAGACCAUUGCACUUCGUGCCCGAAAUGCUGAAUAUAAUCCCAAGCGGUUUGCUGCUGUAAUCAUGAGGAUAAGAGAACCCCGAACCACAGCACUGAUAUUCAGUUCCGGAAAAAUGGUGUGCACUGGAGCAAAAAGUGAGGAACAGUCUAGACUAGCGGCAAGAAAAUAUGCCAGAGUUGUACAGAAGUUGGGUUUUCCAGCUAAGUUCUUGGACUUCAAGAUUCAGAACAUGGUGGGGAGCUGCGAUGUGAAGUUCCCAAUCAGGUUAGAAGGCCUUGUCCUAACCCACCAGCAGUUUAGUAGUUAUGAACCAGAGCUAUUUCCGGGUUUAAUCUACAGAAUGAUCAAACCCAGAAUUGUUCUCCUUAUUUUUGUUUCUGGAAAAGUUGUAUUAACAGGUGCUAAAGUUAGAGCAGAAAUUUAUGAAGCAUUUGAAAACAUCUACCCUAUUCUAAAGGGAUUCAGGAAGACAACGUAAUGGCUGUUGCACACCUGCAGUUCCCACCCGUUUUUAAUCAGUUGUGGUACAUUUAAAUGACGUUGUUGGUGCCCAGCUCGGUUGUGGGGUGCAGCACCAGGUGGGCUGUCCUCACUUGUCCCUGAGGGAUGCUGGGAAAGGGUGAGGACACCACAGCGUCACUGAGUUGUUCAGACUGUGCUGCUAUUGGGGCAGCACUGCCCGUUUAUUUAUAUUAGGUUUUAAACACUGCUGUUGACAAGUUGGUUUAAGGGACAGACUUUGAAGUGUUCAAGACACCGCUACAAUUGAUUGUACUUAUUUUGUUUAAUUUCUUCCUCAUAAACCAGUUUUUAUAUUUCUACCGGAAAAGUAAAAAUCUUUUUUAAAAGUGUUGUUUUCUGAUUUGUAACUCCUAGGGGUUAUUUUUGUGCCAGACACAUUCCACCUUUUCAGUAUUGCAGGAAAGAAUAGAUGUAUUAAUGAAAAUGAAUGUCUGUACAUACUUUUUCUUUCUUCAGCACUCUGUAUAAUAAAAGCUGUUUAUAAAAAAUGUUACAUUGAUGUUAUAAAUGAAACCAUGUAAGGUUCAUUUUAAGCUUUUUAUUUUUGGAGCCAUACCUGUGGUGCUCACGACCAUGCAUUGCCAGACCCAGGCCUGCAUGUGAAGCAUGGAUUCAGCACUUUAGAGGUAUCUGUUUAUCAAACUUGCAUUUUGGAUGUAAGGCCUGAAACAGUUUCAGUGUUUGUUUUACUAUUUUAUUGUAUGUUGCAAUGAAAUUGAACUGCUAGAAAAUUUAAGUUUACGCCUGAAAUAUCUGCUGCAUUCCAUGUGUUGAGCACUUCCUUUCCCCCAAGUACUGUAUCUGUAAUUCUCAGAAAACCUUGAAUUAGGUUUGUCCCUUUUUCAUUACGAGGAUACGGAGGCCCCAGCUGCAUUACUUACCUAGGUUUACACAGCUAGAAAGUUUAAAAAUAAAAGAAAAACCAAAAACUUGGCAUUAGCCAAACAUCUUCAUAUUGGGAGCUGGGGUUAACUGUACAGAGACAGAUUUUUCUCAUGAAAAUAUGGCAAAUAUUUGUACAUGAUUAGACUUCAGUAUUUGGGUAUGUUUUUCAUUUUAACCUUGCUUUCAAACCUUUCAGAGGAAUUUUAUCAGACAGGAAAGGGUCGUUCUUCCUUCCCUGUUUCCUCAGGUUAAGUUAGGUUCAAGGAUUUAUCCCAAACUUGUAAAGUACAAAUUGUCUUUUGUUCCUGUGGACAAAAUGCUAAAGCAUAUGUUCAGUUUUGUAGCUUCCUUUUUUUCCCCAGUUGGUAUAUCAUAAACAUGUUUGUAAUAUGAAACCCAA